UUUCCUACGCGCUCUCUGUCACACACUCUUCGAGAGAGAGCGCCAAAAAGUUUCUUGGUCUUUGGACCAAUCGAACCAAACCCGGUUAUUCGGAUUCCCGAAUAAUUCCUAACCGUCCAUUCUCUAAUCCAACGGUUAUGAUCAGUCGGCGUAAAGGUUAACCUAUUUUCUGCCUACAGUAGUUUUUAUCAUAAACCCUAGCCCCCACGAUAGAGAUAGAUAGCUUCACUCUCUCACCCUCUCUGUGCAACUGUAACGACUCCAGCAAGAUUUACGUGAAACGCCUUUAACUCUCCGAUCUUCUCUGUAGAUAGAGGAAAAAAACAAAAAAAAAAAAAAUCUUUCCCUGACUUUCUCUCUCUUCGUAAAGAGACCCAGAUCUUAGUUUUCAAGAUUUGUGUUUUCUUUCUUUCUUGUGCAAAGAAUUUAUCUGAUUAUAUGGCAUGAUCGGAGGCGGGUUUGCGUUAGGGGAGUCGUUUCCGGUGGUCGAAAUCGUUUUUUCUGUCACGAAAUUCGUUGACUCGGUGUUUCUGAGAUUUGACUAGGUGAGUCGACUCGGAAGUCAACUCGGAGACUCAGUGAGUCGAGGGUGUUCGAAGAUCGAGCUGCCGGUUGGGUUGAGCAGGAAACGAGCGGUGAUAAUGCCGUCGGUGGGGAUGCGACGUACCACUAGGGUGUUUGGGUUGGUGAAGAAGGUGGAUGGGCCCCGCGUUCUGAGGUCUGGGCGGCAACUUCCGGGAUCAGGUGAUGGCAAGUUCAGGAGAGCGAAUGAUGGGGACGAGUGGUUACACACCAUGAUUAAAGCCUCCAACACCACCACAACCGCCACUAACAAGAACCACCACCAUAACACUAGCUCUGUUAAGUAUAAGGUAAAUGGAUGGACGCAUGUUUCUAAAUUGAAACACGAAGCGCCUGCUGUUGAUACUCAAUUGCCUAAAAGAGUAGCCAAGAGAGUGAAGAAGAGUGAGACGCCUAAUGAUACUAGAGACAAAAUGUUUGGACUUGUUUAUAUUCGAAAAAGGAAGAGAGUGGUUGUGGAUAAGCAAGAAAAUGCAGAAAGUAAGAUGUUUGGCAUUCAGUUUUCGCGAAGACAUAGGAGGAGAAGGCAAGGGGAUAGUGGCAGUUUGGUGGGUGUUGAACGUGCUCUUCGUACUCUUGUUGUUGAGGGUCCUUGUAGUAGUGGGUUAGCUUCUCUUUUGAAUUUGGUUUUUGGAUAUGUUAGAAGGACUAGUUUGAGGAUUUCUCAACUUGCUGGUUUUUUGUCCUCUGAGCCGGUUAGUGGCGCUUUUGCUUCAAAUGGAAUUUGCUUUUUGCAGGAUACAACUUCUAAUCGAACCGGAAUUUGCAAGAUUUUUGGGGCCAGUUGUUCUGUGCCAUUGUUUUCCUUGGAUUUUUCAGCAGUUCCUUCCUGUUUUGUGUAUAUGCAUCUCAGUUUACUGUUUAAAUUUAAGUGUUUACCUGUAAAUACCCCAUUGGAUGAGGACUCAUGUGAUGAAGAAAGCGAAGAUGAUCCUUCGUGUGUCCUUGUGGAGCUUGACGAAGAUCCUUCAUGUGUCCUUGUGAAGCCUGACGUAGUACCUGAAACUGAUAAGUCUGCAAAUAAGGUGGGGUUACAUCCAUCUGCCUCUAAAAUAGCUGGCCGGAGUGGUCAAUACAGAAAUGGUAUAAAUUCCCGCGGUAUUCAAAAGAGGAGAAGUUCGCUAAGGAGGAGGAGAGCUAGAAAUCCUUCCCUGGUUGGUUUGCAUAAAGCUAAUGGUGCUUUAGUCUCUGAUUUAAUUAGUAGUAGGAAAAAUGGCAUCCCUUUCUCUUCUAUUGUGUCUAAGAAUAAGCUUAGGUUUUCAGCUCAGAGUAGCCCUGCUGGUGAGAUAAGUCCCAUUGCGUUGGAAGCGACUCAGGCCAUGGACUCAUCAAGCUGUUCUGCAAAUGUUCUGGUUAUUGAAUCAGAUAGAUGUUACAGGAUAGAAAGGGCCACUGUCACAUUAGAAAUCUCUGAUGCAAGAGAGUGGGUGCUUGUAGUGAAGAAAGAUGGAGUGACCAGGUUCACUCACUUGGCACAGAAGGGUAUGCGACCCUGUUCUUCUAAUCGUAUUACUCAUGAUAUAAUAUGGACUGGGGAUGAAAGUUGGAAGCUAGAGUUUCCGAACCGACAGGAUUGGUUUACUUUUAAGGAUCUUUAUAAGGAAUGUUUUGAUCGCAAUGUGCCGUCUCCCAUUUCUAAGGCUAUCCCUGUCCCUGGAGUAUGUGAAGUUUUAGGAUAUGAGGAUAGUGACAAUGUGCCCUUCUCUAGACCAGAUGUGUACAUUUCCUUAAAUAAUGAUGAGGUAGCUAGAGCUCUAGCAAACAAGUCUGCAAAUUAUGACAUGGAUUCUGAAGAUGAAGAGUGGCUGAAGAAGUUCAACAAUGAAUUCUCUGUAGAAACGGAACAUCAGGAGCAUCUUUCUGAGGAUAAUUUUGAGUUAAUGAUAGAUGCCUUUGAGAAGGCAUUUUAUUGCAGUCCGGAUGAUUUUGCUGAUGAAAGAGAGGCGGUGAAUCAUUGUUUAGAGUUUGGUAGGAGAGAAACAGUUGAAGCCUUGUAUGGUUAUUGGAUGAAAAAACGGAAGCAAAGACGAGGACCACUGCUUAAGGUCUUUCAGGGACAGCAAACAAAGAAAGCUCCACUGAUUCCAAAACCUGUUUUACGCAAAAGAAGGUCGUUAAAGCGACAGACCAGCCAAUUUGGAAGAGGCAAGCAACCCAGUCUACUGCAAGCAAUGGCUGCUGAACAUGAUGCUCUGGAAGAACAAAAUGCUAUGCGUAAAGUAGAAGCUGCUAAAGCUUCUGCACAAAAAUCUGUAGAAUCAGCUAUUCUUAAACGACGCAGGGCUCAGAUGCUUAUGGAGAAUGCAGAUUUGGCAAUUUACAAAUCUUUAAUGGCACUUAGGAUUGCUGAAGCGGCCCGAAUGGCCAAUUUAACAGAUGUUAUCGGAGACUUGUAUGAUUGAAGAGUAAGUUAUAGAUAUGUCUGGCGCAUGUUGUAAUGGCCAAUUUUUAUUACUAGAAGGAUGACAGCCUGAGACAUUUUCGAAGCGCUGGAGGACAACCUUUGGAGAAAGCAAUGUAUUUUUGUACAGAUUUUUGAUUGAAUGUACAUUCUGUAUUAUUAUAACCUCACCAAAUGUUUUUACAAGGGGACUUGGUUGAUUUCCUUUCCGGAGAAAACGCAAAAAAAAGAAAAUUACUGGAAA